CAUAUUAAACGUCAAAUUCAUUUACUUGCCGGAUCGAUAUUGUUAAUCGCUAUUAUAAUAUAGAAAACAAGUGUUACAAUUUAGAGUUAACUUUACUGUGAGAUAUUUGUGUUCAUAGCAAACAUGUCGCUAAAAGCCGCAAAGGUUCAAUUAAAGACGCGUUAUUUAAUGUUAACGGAUUAUGCUGGCACAAUUGUGGUACGACCAGGCACGAUCGCCGCGACCGUAGCAAGGAGGCAUUUCCGAGAAGCCUACAAAACGUAUGUUUCGGCAUACGAGUCAUUGGUGGCGAGUGAUUCGGAACUUGCAGAGGAGGAAAGACUACUGUACCAGCAGCAAUUUAGCGAGGUAAAUCGACUCCUCAUUCAAUUGGAUGAGGCAUCAGAGGAAGAGGAGUCCGGGAGGCCCUCAACCUCAAAACAUCAAGGUAAGGUCAAACUUCCGUUAGUUCAAUUGCCUACAUUUUCAGGCUGCCUAGCUGAAUGGCUGUCAUUCUAUGACUUAUUUAUGUCCCUUGUUGAUGCGGGACCGCUUUCCGACGCGGAAAAACACUAUUAUUUAAGGACGUCGUUAAAUAGUGAGGCACUAUCGAUUGUUCAACAUUUGCCUAUGGAUGGCGACAACUAUACAGUUGCCCUGGACCUCCUAAAGCAAAGGUAUCACAACAGCAGGCAGCUGGUAGACACCUUUAUAGGACAGAUCCUAAACCUGCCCAACGUGGGAGGCCCCAAUGUCAAUUUAAGAACCCAGUUUUAUGAUCCUCUCAGAGAGGCCAUCCAGGCGCUUAGGAAACUGAAGCAACCUGUCGAUGAAUGGUCGUAUUUAUUACUGCAUUUAAUUUUACAGAAGUUGCCCCUGCGCGUAAAGACGCUCUUUGAGGAGCGGCACGGGACAGAUCCGCAAGUGCUACCGACCCUUACCCAGCUAGUGUCGCUACUAGAUGAACAAUGCCGGGUGCAGCAGGCGAUCUCCCCUGCAGCAGUGGAACGAACUCCUGCGGCACGCCGGUCACCUACUGCUAGAGGUCGAGGCGGCGCAGCGCCGGCUCACCACCUGGCAGCCCCCCGGGUCCUGGCAGCACAACCGGAACCCAAUGAUCAGACGACACCAGUUUGUCUUCACGGCCGACAUCCGCAUGAUGUUCAGGCAGACGUGGAUACACCCCGACGAUAGGCGCUAUCAGCUGAUCCUGUGGCGUGAGGAUCCGUCGCAGGACCUACAGAUCUCUCGAUGCGUCGCGCUACCGGGAUCGGUAUCAUAUUCACUCCACGGUUUUGGAGAUGCGUCUGAGACGGGCUACGGAGCGUGCGUAUACCUCCGGACAGCAGACGCCGCUGGAAACGUCAUGGUAC